AAAUCGGACGGGAAAUCUUUAUCAGAGUGCCAUGUCGACGAGAGCGCGGGGGAAGCUGACCUUGGAGCGCAUCCUGGGCCUGUCAACAUGCAGCAAUGCAGGUCUGAGCGUAAACCUUGUGACGGGAGACAUCGCGUAUCCCGCGGGAUGUGUCGUGGUCAUGUACAACUUUCAACGAGACAAACAGACGAGGUAUUACCGCGUCGAGAAACCAGUGUCCUCGAUUGCGUUCUCCGUCGACGGCACCCUGCUUGCUAUUGCCGAGAAAGGACAGGCGCCGUCUAUUACGGUCUGGGACGUCGAGACAGGUCAACUCAAAGCAGAGUUCAAGCGACACAAGUACGGCGUCAUAGCUAUGGCGUUUUCGGCCGACUCGCGUUUCCUCGUGUCCAUCGGCCUGGUCCACGACAAAAUGUUGUACGCUUGGGAUCUGUCCACGAAUGCCGUCGUGGGUGGCGCAAUCAUUGAAGACAAAAUACAUGCCGUCGAUUUCAAUGUCGAUGGCAAGUUCUUCGUCACCGUCGGCCAUCGUCAUGUCCACUUUUGGCCCCUAGACAGAGACAACAUGUUUCGCGUGACUGGAAGUGUCGUCGCCGAUCCGCCCCUUGUCGAACUAGCGUCCGUUCGAGCGACCAUGUCUCGCCUCGCCGACGCCACGUUUGUCGAUGUCGGGUGUGGGACCAAGGACAAGACGGUCGCGCUCACAGCAGAUGGGUUUCUCUGCUGUUUUGGGGGAACCGUCAUGGAGCGCCUCGUAUCUUUGGAAGCAUCUCGUGGAUUUGCCCUGUCUGUUGCCGGCGGUAUCGUUGCGGUCGCGGGGGCAGCGUCCACGAUUCGCAUAUUCGACCCAAUCACGCUCGAGUACAAGCAGACGCUGCCGUUUCCUCCAUCGUACGGCCACAUGAACGACCCAAACCAGUUCUUGUCGACGUUCUUGACACCGCCACACCCAAACGAGUACGCGGCGGCGGUGGCCGUGCGCGUCGUGGGCACGACCCACAUCGCCGCAGUUUACGCCGACCACACGUUGGUCGUGUUCGAACGACCGACCGGGAAAGUUCUUCGAACGUUCUUCUUCCACCAUGGCCCGGUCACCGACGUGCAAGUGGUCGGCCAAGUCGUCGGGUUGGACGCGCGCAACCGCUUGCAGGUGUCGAGAACGUCGGCGGCGCCGGAAGGCACGUUCGUCACGUGCUCAGAGGACAAGACCGCCCGAUUUUGGAACCUCGAUCGCCAUCGAAAGCAGCCCACCCCAACGGCGUGGUUCAAUCCAUAUUGCCCAGAGCUCCUGCACGCUGUGUAUGCAUCGGCGGCGUCCAUCCAUGAUGAGGGCACCAAAGAGAUGGCCAUGCCUCUUCAGCCCGUCGUGCCCGACCAACACAACCCCAAAGACACAACCGAGGCCCCGGACGGCCUGAAAUGCCUUGCUGUAUCCGACCACACCGUUGCGGUUGGUGCAAACGACGGCUCGAUCCACGUCAUCAAGCUCGAGUGGCCGUCCAUGCCGCAGCACAUGUUGCACAGAGCCCAUGCCAGUGCCGUCCAAUCCGUGGCGUACUCCCCUGCCGGCGACUUGCUUGCGUCUGGAGGGCGCGAUCGGCUCACGCAUGUGCACGACGGAGCGCAAAUACGCACCAAGACGCUGGAGAAUCACUCCGGCGCGGUCGUGGCGGUCGAGUUCACCGCGGACGGGAAGCGCUUGAUAUCCGCCGGAGCGGACCACAACCUUGUCUUCACGCAGGUAAGCGACCAUCGCAUCUUUCGGUACAACUCGUUUCCCGUCCAAGGAGGUAAAAUUCACGCCAUGGCAGUGGUCGAGAACGACUACAUUCUUACAUGCGUCAACACCUGGGUGGACGUGCACACUCUGAUCAGCAACAAGCAUGUGCAGACCCAUCACGUUGGCGAGCAUCAUCGCGUGGCCCUGAGUCCCGGCGCCGCCCUCGUGGCGCUAGGUGGCUCGACGCACGACAAGACAAUCCAGAUCGUCGACUUUCACUCGGGUGAAGUCCUUGCCAAGGCAGCAGGUCACGGCGAUGCUGUCACCGGGCUCAAGUUUACUCUGGAUGGACGGCGCCUGUUGAGUUCGAGCAACGACGGGUGUAUCUUUGUGUGGCGGCUCUCGGACGAUCUGCAAAGCGCGUUGAAGGCCAAGUUGCGACCCGUCGUUCCAUCGAUAGCGUUGAUGGAGUCGCCGCCCGCGCCACCAGUCGCGCCAAAAGGUCCGGAGAUCGGAGCGCCUCGUGAUGGUGUACCCGAGAAACCCAAUGCGCAUUCGACUGCGGCAGGUCUGUCACCGCCGCCUCCUCCUCCACUCAUGCCACCACCCCCUCCAACGUCCAAACUGCCCGUCCCAAACAAGUCACAGCCUCCGAUCAAACUGCCCGUAGCCAAAGCGGCAGUUGAGGACGAACUCAACGAAUGGCUCGCAGCUCGAAAUCUCCAGAGCAAAAACGUGUUAUCCGCCAAGGUUGAAGAAGUGCUGGCCCCGGUUGAGGCGCCGCCGCCAGACGAAGGUCAAGUGCCUGCUCCGUUAAACAAGGAGCUUGUGCCGAACUGGGCCCGGACGUUUCGACAACUGGAAGGAUUGCCCAACGACGAGCCCAACACUGUGUCGAUGGCUGACGGCGCAGGACCCAGCGCAGCCGGUGGAAAGUGGGCUGCUCAUGCGACCCCCGACCCAUUGAGCGCAAUGAAGGUCGAACACUCUGAGCUAACAUCGCACACGACGCCAGUGGCACUCAGCAAAGCAGCAGACUUAGUGCCAAAUUGGGCACGGACUAUUCGACAACCAAAAUCUCCCAAGCCGACAACCUCAAAGGACGAACCGCCCUUUGGUUUGGGCAAAUGGGGAGCGCAUGGCAUCGUCGACAGCAUUGCUCUCUGUGGCGACGGUAGCGAGGACGAUGACGACGAUGCUGACGCGUUGGAAAUGAGCGAGACAUUGUAUAUCAAACAGUCGAACGGCGAACUACAUCAAGUCGAAGUCCCACUCAAGCCCGCGGCGCUCGUGCCCUCAUCGUCUUGGUCCCUCGCCCAUGAGCGCGAACUCCUCAACAAGAAGAAAAAGCAGCAGGAAACCGCCAACGCUGUCGCCGACAUGCAAGCGAAGCUCGGCCUGCUCGGCAUUUUGAAGCCCAAGUCCAAACCCGCUGCAACAACCAUACUUGACACAAAAGUAGACGGAAACAAACUUCCUCCUGCCCAGCUUGAACUGGCCAAGUCGCCGGUCCAUGCGUCCAUCGUUGCGGGAUACGCCGCCGAAUUAGCGCAUGAAGGUCGCCAAUGCAGCGACGUUGGAAAGACCAACCCGUUCAAGGGCGGUGAUACGGCACCCAUCGCCUCCAAUGCCAAUCAACCACCAGCGUCAGUGCCCCAAAGCGUUGACCUAUCAACACAGUCGCAUCGCCAUAUUGCCGCUAAAAUGGAUGGCUCCCAACCAAGAGAUGCGCCAAAUCAAAGCGUUGACCUCACCCCCGUCGACGUAUCUCUGAGCUCCUUUGUGCAGGGGCACACAGAAGCGACGCCGUUCGCGCCAUCAUGCGGCGCAAACACCGAUCGUGGCCGCGUCAACCAGUCCAUGGGCCACAGCAUUGACGUGUCUGCUUCGUUGAGCCAUUUCCUCUCCGGGUAUGAGAAGCCACCACCUGUACCUAGCUCAACGAGUCAUGGUACAUCGUCGCCUGGAGCGGCGGCGACGGAUGGAUGCUCCCUCCAAAUGAGUGUGGACUUGACACCCGUGGAUGCUUCGUUGAGCCAGUUUACAGCGGGAUACGACCCACCAACGUCUCUGCCGCCACCACGGUCCACCGGAUCGACCAUCGUCCAGCGCAGCGUGGAGUUUCCUCCAACUCCCGUCAACAUGUCGCUGAGCCACUUCGUCGCAGGUUUUCACGCACCGUGUGCCACGCCUCCCACGACCGAUGCAAACCCCAGUCCUUCGCCCACUCCAAGCACUCAAGCAAGCGCCGACUUCACGCCCGUGAAAAUGUCUCUCAGCCACUACGUCUCGGGGUUCCACGAAAAUUCGGACCAUGCACCUGGCACGCAGCCGUCUUUAGCCCCCACGCCACAACAGAGCAUUGAUUUGGCCGCGGUGCAAAUGUCGCUGAGCCAUUUCGUAUCGGGGUUUGACAACUCAACUCCAGACCGACUCACUGCGAGCCCGUCGGUGGUUCCAACCACAUCUCAUAGCGCGGACUUGACGCAGGUGAACAUGUCCCUGGGCCACUUCGUUUCAGGCUUCGCUCGUCCACCGCAUGAGCUGAGCGCAAUUCUACCCCCCACCGUCAAGCUCAUGGACUUGCCACGUGAGAGCAGCCUUGCAACUGUUGGGGCGAGUUCGAUGGCAAACAGCAUUGACUUGACGACACCAGUAGAUGCAUCGCUCGGCCAGUUUGUCGGAGGAUACGCCCAUGAUAACUGUGCCGCUACUCCGACAGAAGCCGCGCCGCACGAUCACGUGCGAACAUCGACAGAGACCACGAGCGAGCCCAGCGUCACAUCCAGUCGAAGCGAUGACGACAGCGACGAUGCCCUGACAAAGAGGUCAUUCAGUCAAUACAUUUCUGGCUACCAAACGAGCGUCGACCUCGUCCCCGGCGACAUCUCCAUGAGUCACCCCUUCGAGUCGGGGUGCACGGCAUUAGUGACCACGGACGCCUUGCCGCCGCCCAUCCAAGAAGACCUGUCGGCGUCGAACGAUGCCGCCACGCGCGGGAAAGACCAUGGCCAACCCGACGAUGCUGCCUCUCAAGCUACCGAAGGAUUGCAUCGGCUCAACCUGGCCGACGAUCUAGCUGCUGAAAAUUUCCAUGGAGACGCCACAUCCUCCGUCGAUUCUGCAAACGUUCCAGCCAAACUCAAAGCCAUCGUGCGGUCCUUACGGCACUUGGAAGUGAACUUGGAAACGACGGUGCGGCAACUCGAUGGAAUUCGUCCGACCGACGACGCAGACGUCGAUGCAAUUGUCGCGUUAGCCGCCACGCUGCAAGCCAAGAUCGCCGAGUAUGCCGAGAAAGCGCACCACACGACACGGUAGCGUUUUCAAACGACCACACUGUUGUCGUCGACACGAGCUACCGUAACACUGGACGAAUCGUUUCCUGCGUGCA